AUGCCAUCAACACAUAAUAAGGAUAAACCAUGGGAUACCCCAGAUAUAGAUAAGUGGGCUAUUGAAGAGUUUAAACCAGAAGAUGGAUCUGGAUCAUUCUUAGAACAAUCAUCAUUUACCGUUUUCUUUCCUAAUUAUCGAUCAAAUUAUUUAAGACAAGUUUGGGGAGAAUUGACAAAAGUAUUAAAAACGAAAUUUUUAGAUUGCGAGUUAAAUUUAGUGGAGGGAUCAAUGACAGUUCAAACGACAUUAAAGACAUAUGAUCCUGCUAUAAUCUUGAAGGCUAGAGAUUUAAUCAAGUUAUUGGCUCGAUCUGUGCCAUUACCACAAGCUAUCAAGAUUCUUCAGGAUGAUAUUUCAUGUGAUAUUAUCAAGAUCAAUUCAUUUGUUAAUAGCAAAGAACGAUUUGUUAAAAGAAGACAAAGGUUGGUUGGACCACAGGGAAACACAUUGAAGGCGUUGGAGUUGUUGACCAAUUGUUAUAUAUUAGUUCAAGGUAAUACAGUUAGUUGUAUGGGGCCAUACACUGGAUUAAAAACAUUAAGAAGGGUAGUUGAAGAUUGUAUGAAUAAUGUGCAUCCUAUAUAUAGUAUCAAAGAGUUGAUGAUACGAAAAGAGUUGAGCAAGAAACCAGAAUUGGCGAAUGAAAGUUGGGAUAGAUUUUUACCGAAUUUUAGAAAGAAAAAUGUUGCAAGAAAGAAACCAAAGAAGACCAAAAAGAGGAAAGCAGAAGGUGGGAAUGAGUCUUCUAUAUUUCCACCAGCACAAACGCCUAGAAAGAUUGAUCUCGAAAUUGAGAGUGGUGAAUAUUUUUUGAAACCUAGAGAGAAAAAAAUGAGGAAAAUAAAUGAGAUUAAAGAGAAACAAGCUGAAGUUAAAGAGGCUAAUAAAAGAAAACGAGAAUUAGAUUUUGUUGCGCCAGAAGAAGAGAAAUAUGAGCCAGCUAGUAAGAAGAAGAGAAGUGAAAGGGAAAAAAAUGAAGAAAAGAGUGAGAAGAAAGAGAAGAAAGAGAAAAAGGAAAAGAAGGAAAAGAAGGAAAAGAAGGAAAAGAGUGAGAAGAAAGAGAAGAAGGAAAAGAAGGAAAAGAAGGAAAAAAAAGAAAAAAAAGAAAAAAAAAUGUAG